UCGUUUUGUGUUCCACGUGACAUUCUAAGAUAGUAUUUACAAACAUGGUGGUCGAAAGUGGUCAACUUUUUACAUUUUAAAACGAUGGCUGAAGAUGACGGACUGCUUUUAAAUCUUUGCUCUAGUAGUGAAAGAUACAAUGAAGUUCAUCGGGAAAGGAAAGAUAGAAAAUCGAAGUGGAAAGAAAGAAAGUUACAGAAAAGACAACAAUACCUGAGGCCACAUGCGAGGGGGACCUCACACAAGAAUACAGCUUCCAUAUCUGCUAAGCCGUUACGACACAUAGAGGAGAAGUCCACACCUUUCCCAAAUAAGCCCAUCCAAGGAUUAGCGGAGGAGAAGAGAACUUCAGCAAAUAAUGAGACUGAGAGAUAUUAUGUAACUCGAAAUGGCAUCCUUCCUCCAAGACAAACAAAGAAGAAAUUUCAGGUAGUUUCAAGUUUGUUUAACUACAAUCCAGAUAUACCCACUUUACCAGCAAGUAAUGAAUCAUCUGGUGCAGAAGGAAAACCAAGUGAAAAUGUUUUUUCUGCUGAAAAAUUUAGUGACUUAGAUAUUUCUCCAUUCAUGAUUUCCAACCUUGAAAAUAAUUUGAAACUGACCACAAUGACUAGUGUUCAAAAAGUUGCUAUUCCCUCAUUAAUUGAAGGAAGGGAUGUAUUUGUGAAAUCAAAAACAGGAACAGGAAAAACUCUCACAUAUGCAGUGCCUGUAAUACACUCACUUCAGAAUAUCACACCAAAAAUUUCUAGAAGUGAUGGUCCAUAUGCAGUGAUUUUGGUCCCCACAAGAGAGCUUGCCAUACAAAGCUUCAAUGUCCUGCAGAGACUUGUAAAGCCUUUUCAGUGGGUUGUGCCUGGAGUAGUUAUGGGAGGAGAAAAACGAAAAUCAGAGAAAGCCAGAUUGAGAAAAGGUGUUAAUGUUCUGGUUGCAACUCCAGGAAGACUUCUGGAUCAUAUUGAAAAAACCAAAAGUUUGGAGUUAAAGAGGGUUCAGUGGAUCAUCCUUGACGAAGCCGACAGGUUGUUAGACCUCGGUUUUGAAAAGGAUGUUUCAUCCAUUCUGACUGCUGUUAAGAAUUCUCUACAUAGCGGAGUCAGAUGUCAAACUGUUCUGCUUUCCGCAACACUCAGUGAAGGAGUCGAGAGACUGGUGGGAAUUAGCCUUCACAAUCCUCUAUCUGUUGAUGUUACGACAGAAGAUGGAGGCUGCGAAAAGAAGGAGGCAACUAACGCACAGAGCUCAAGCGAGGCCAGCUUUACGACUCCUCAACAAUUGAAGCAAUUCUUCAUCAUCGUUCCUAGCAAAUUGCGCUUGGUAACAUUAGCAGCGUUUUUGUUAAUGAAAAACCAGCCAGAGGAAUCAUUGGCUACGAAGAUGAUUGUUUUCAUGUCAAGCCGAGACUCUGUGGAUUUUCAUUGCAACCUUUUUGAAAAGUCUCUCUCUUCUGUGGCUAAGGUACGCCUAGUAUUCUUCAAACUUCAUGGAAACAUGUCUCAGUCGGAAAGGACCUCUGUGUUCAAAAGUUUCAGUGACGCAACGAGAGGGAUUAUGUUUUGUACAGAUGUGGCAGCAAGAGGAUUAGAUUUGCCUCAUGUCAAUUGGAUUGUGCAGUACAAUACCCCAGGGAACCCAGCAGACUACGUGCAUAGGGUUGGUCGAACGGCAAGAAUCGGACUGAAGGGGAACGCCCUCCUCUUUUUAACUCCUGCAGAGGUCGAGUACUUGGACAUUUUGAAACAGCACGGAAUCAGGUUUGUACAUAGAGACAGCAAUCAGCGAUUGUAA